AAAAGUUUGGCUGCAAUUGAAAUUGUAGAGCGAAAAGAUGCAAUUACAUUUAAACCGAAAGCGGAACUGAAAAGAAUCGCAGUAAUCAAAUACGUGGCGUGGUGUCCAGCUGGCAGUUGACAAGUGUGAUUCGAUGGACUAUCAGUAUUACGACGAGCCGGAUUACAUAGAUGACGAUGGCGGCAGCGAGGACAUUUAUCCAGACCACGAAUCUUCGCCGGAUCAUCGCUACUACCACAAUGGCAAUGCUUAUGAGAAUGAUAACAGCUUAAUGGAUCGCUUGGGUGACAGUUAUGCCAACUGUAUUCUGCCCUCGCUUGGUCAAGUGCUGAGCUACUUGUUGCCGCUCCUGGCUGGUUGCUUGCUCUCUCGACUGUUGACCGCUCUCUAUGCGACAACACGACAACAACAACGUCGUGUGCUGUCUCCACUGCAUCUCAUCAAUGCGCUAUGUGGUCUGGGUAUGCUCUAUGCGACGCUGGGUGAGCGCAUCUUGCUCCUCCUGCUGCUCAGCGGGAUUAGCUAUCUGCUGCUGCAGCUGGUACGUCUAAGUCCGGGUCUGGGUAAAGGUCAGCGUGGAGCUGUGACCAUUGCUGUGCUCUGCAUCGGCAGCCAGUUCAUCUAUGAGCUGGCCAUUUGGCAACAGCGCGAGGAUUGGCCCCAACUCCGUGGACUGCAGAUGGUCAGCAACAUGAAGGUCAUCUCGCUGGCAUUCGAUAUGACGGCAACAGGUACGCCGGGAUCGUCGGAGUUGCGCAUGCCAAGCAUUCUAGCCUAUCUGGGCUACAUUUACAAUCCGGCUAGCUGUGUGCUCGGUCCAUGGCUGAGCUACUCCCGCUACUUGGACUCGCUAUGCCACAAGCCGCACUGGCGACGCAGUCUCCUACAGAUGCUGUGCAAUGUUUUGCUCUGCCUGCUCGCCUUGAGUGUCUCCAAUUGCAUAGCGCCCGCCUUGGGUGAACUGCAUCUACAGGACCAGGAUGAGGUGGAGGCAACUCGGCGUGGUGGCGUCUCCCACUGGCUGCUCAUGUACACGGGCGCAUUGAGUGUCCGUAGCAGUCAUUACUUUGUCAGCUUUCUCAGCCAAGCGUUGUUGGCAGCCGCCGGACAACGACUGGACUCCACACAGCACGCCAGCUCCCAGCUGCUGGGUGAUCUCGUGUCGCGUCCUUGGCACAUCGAAUGGCCGCAUUCCCUCAGCGCCUUGGUGCGCUGCUGGAAUGUCCCGAUGCACGAGUGGCUCAAGCGUUAUGUUUAUGCCGCAUCCAAGCAGCGUUCCAGGCACAACACCAUCGUGGCCGUGUUCUGCACAUACAUAGUGUCGUCGCUGCUGCAUGGCAUGGAUUUGCGCAUCUAUCUGGUGCUCCUGUCACUGGCCACCUUUGCCGAGGGCGAGACCAUGCUGCGUCGACAUCUGGCCACGCUCUCCAAUGCCUGCGUCGCCGCCAAUCCUUGUCCAGGUGCCGAACGGUGUCGCUACACACACUGUCCACGACAGCGUGGCUGGAGAUGUUUCAGCUCCUGGCUGGUGGCGUUCACCAAUGUGGCUUUUACGCUGCUGGCCAUAUUCCAUCUGGCCUAUUUGGGCAUUGUGCUGCUGAACGAGACGCUCACCGUGGAGACGGACCACGAGAUGCCCUUCAUGUUCCAUUGGGCAGCAGCUGGAUACCUCAGCCACUACAUUGGCAUCGGCAUGUUCAUGCUCUAUUUGUUCAUAUCCUAAACGGAAUGACUUUCAACUGCAUCAUCAACAUCAUCAUCAUCAUCCAAAGACUGCCUAAGAGAGACUGGACCUUGGGCCCAAUCCAACCGUGCUCCAUGUGAUUAUUGUAACACUAUUCAACACUAAUAAUAGAUGCAUACAACGAACAUUCAAUACCCUACUUAAAUACGAGUCCCUCCCUUCACACCUCACAUCUGCCAUGUGAACACUUGGAGGCGGCCCAAAGCAUCCGAACUGAUUAACCACUGUGAAUCUCUGUAUUAACUGUAUUUGUAUCUUUUUAAUUGACUUUUAUUUAUACAAUAAAUAAACAUACUAUGUAUUUUAUGUACUUUGCAAAUGUACUUAACAAAUCUAUAAAAACUUGCAAUUUUUAACAAUAAAAAACACAAAUCCUUCUAUUGUACAGGUAGUACAAUGGGAUGCACAACUACUAA